GGCUGCAUCCGUCGGGUGCCGGAAGUGCCUCUCCGCCCCUGCACCGGACCAUGGAGACCGUGGUCCUGUAGAGUCCGCGGUGCGAGGACUGCGGGGGCGGCGGCCAUGGAGGCCGUGCUGAACGAGCUGGUGUCUGUGGAGGAUCUGAAGAAGUUUGAAAAGAAAUUCCAGUCGGAGCAGGCGGCGGGCUCCGUGUCCAAGAGCACACAGUUCGAGUACGCCUGGUGCCUGGUGCGGAGCAAGUACAACGAUGACAUCCGCAGAGGCAUCGCGCUGCUGGAGGAGCUGCUGCCCAAAGGGAGCAAGGAGGAGCAGAGGGAUUAUGUCUUCUACCUGGCUGUGGGGAACUACCGGCUCAAGGAAUAUGAAAAGGCACUGAAGUACGUGCGAGGGCUGCUGCAGACCGAGCCGCAGAACAACCAGGCCAAGGAACUGGAGCGGCUCAUUGACAAGGCCAUGAAGAAAGAUGGACUAGUCGGCAUGGCCAUCGUGGGUGGCAUGGCACUGGGCGUGGCGGGCCUGGCUGGACUCAUCGGGCUGGCUGUGUCCAAGUCCAAAUCCUGAAGGAAGCUGGACCUGCUCCUUGGCCCCGGGCACCUGGGAGGCUGAGGGCACAUGAGGGGCCCUGGCCAUCCUUGCCAGCCUUCUCCCUUGUCAUCUUUCCGCCUCUCCCUCUACCCCCCCUCCCCCCGUGGCCUUCCAUCCCCCCCCCAACUGUGACCUUGAGUGUAAAUAAAUGUAGGCCAUGGGCCGUGGCUUGC